CGAGCGGGCGCAGGGCUCGUGACGCCGGUGGCGGCCGCGGCAUGUGAUGUUCAAGAGACACGCGCUGCGGCGGCGGCUGGCGGCCGCGGGCGCCGCCGCCGUCUCCGAUGAACAGGUGCGGCGCCUGGCACGGGCCUUGGAUGCGGGCGCCGCCAGCACCGAGUGCGUGCCGGGCCCCGGCGGCGCCCAGCUCCGGCUAGCCGCUAGUCGCGCCUUCCGGUUCCCCGACCUCCGUGAGCUGGGAGAGCUGCGAAGGCUUCCACUGUGCACCGACCAGCACUGUUGCAACCCUUACCACUGGAGCCGCCUCUGCAAACCCGAAACCCCUCCUCCACCAUACAGCCGGUUCGCAAUGGAUGACGUCAAGCCUAGAGAUCACACCGAGAGGACCGAGGAUGCCAGGAGGACUGAUCACGAGCGGCUACCCACUGGCUCACUCGCUACUGAUGGCGAAGAAAAACCAAGCUGGGAGUCAGAGUGGUGUCGCCUAGCAUACUGGGAGCUAACGCAGCGUGUUGGACGACAGUUCGGCGUGCGCGUGAGAGCGGUUGAUGUAUUUGGUGGGGACGGUGGAAGAUGUGGUUCGAAUAGACACGGGCUGUGUCUAGAUGCGCUGGAGCAGAGAAGUGAUGUGCCACAGGCUGAGCAGGUGAAAAAGACGCGAGAAAAAAUCGGUCUAGGUGUCACCCUGUCACUAGAGUCCGAUGGAGUCUGGCUGUACAACCGCAGCCAAGAACCUGUCUUCGUCAGCUCUCCAGCUCUCGACGCUGCUGCUGCCAAAGCCCUGUUGGUCUGGCGAGUCGCUCCAGGCCAUUGCCUAUGCGUGUUCGAUCCUGCAUUACCACCUCCAGCGGUGUCUUUGCCGCAUAUUGGACCUGUAGAUCCACGGUCUGUGAGGAUCUCCUUUGCGAAAGGAUGGGGUCCGAAGUACUCCAGGAGGGACGUCACAGCCUGCCCGUGUUGGUUGGAGGUGCUUCUAGCCCCGCCUAGCUGACGUAAAGACUAAAGUGAUGGGUUUCUGUGUUUGUUUUGGUUUGUUACAUUGAGGUGGGGUUUUUUGAACAUAAAAAAAUUAACAAGUCAAUAAUGAAUGCUCUUUUUGUAAGCUUAGUGUGCGUUAUUAUAUGCAGAACCAUUUGAAUUUCAAAUAAAUCUGCACCUCAAUUUUAUCAAACAAAAUAAUCGCGUCAAUGUGAACAGUGGAAAUAGACCAAAAAAGUGAAGUGAGCUGACAUUUUGAAAUAGUAGACUGUGCAAACAAUUUUUGUUUAUUGUUGAAAUUUUGUAUACUUACCAAGUCUUUGAUGCUAUGAAAAUUAUGGAACGUAGAGUUUUGAUAAUUUUGAUAGUACUCGAGCACAUUUAAUAAUAACAGUGCACCCAAUAAUUGCACUACGAUACCCCCGCAGAAUGAAUUUCUUUUGGGGCAUAAUGGUACAUAAAAUAUUUAGUUCAAAAGUUGUUUAUUUAGUAAACAAUAAUAAUAUUGACUAAAAAUACUGUUUUUAAUAUAAACUAGUCUAUAUCUAUGUAUUUAAUACAUAGAAAGUAUGUGAGAGUCAAGCACUCACACGAAAUGAGGCCUUGUUGUAGUGAUUUGAAUAUUGUGAUUAAAACAUUUUGUCAUGAAUUUAUUCCGAAUUCUAAAUAUUAUGAAAUUGGUCAAUGAAAAUUUAAAAGAAAGCAGUGGGCGUUUAGAGUUAUAAUGACUUUUGCAUUUCGUCCAUCGUAAUUCAUUAUUUCAUAAAACAUUUCAUUAAAAUCAUAAUCGAGGAUCAUUAAUAAUAAUAAAAUAACAUUUUUUUUGUAAUAUUACUCGCUCAAAUUGGAAUAGCCAAUUUUGGUGUGGAGUAAAAUUUAUUGCCCAAUGUUUUCUUUCGGAAUUUCCUCUGCCUUUACAAUUUUGAGGCCUUAGAAUUAUGGGCCACAUGCACCAUUGUCAUAUGUAUACAAUUGUAUAAUAUUGUAUAAAACUCGGCUUUAAGACAUCGCGAGACUGUAUAUAUAAAAAUAUAUGUACUAUAAAUAUUUGUAAUUAACUACCUAUUUAUAAUUAUAAAAUUAUGCCU